ACACGACGAAGAUGAAGAAACAGAAGAAGAAGCGUUUGAAGAGGAACAACUUGGCGAGAGACGGUACAUUACAGUCAAGAAAUUAUCUACGAAAUAAUAAUGCCUAAAUCAAAGGAAGUGCUCUCCUCCUCAUCUGGGAGUGAAUCUGAUAGUGAUGUCGAAACCAAGGCAAAGCGAAAGAAGCCAAGUGCACCAGAGAAGCCGGCUAAGAAACCAAAGACUGGAGAGAGCGGUAAGACUGCCGGAUCUUCCAAAGGCGACAAUAACACCGAGGACAACAUGUUCCAAAUUGGAAGGAUGAGAUAUGUCUCUGUUCGGGACUUCAAAGGUAAAGUUCUGAUCGACAUCAGAGAGUACUGGACAAAUCCAGAUGGCGAUAUGAAGCCUGGGAAGAAAGGCAUCGCCCUUAAUCCUGAACAAUGGAACCAACUGAAGGACCAGAUUUCAGAAAUUGAUGAGGCCAUUAAAAGAAUAUGAGCAAUUCUUGUCACCGUUGCAAAUUUUGGCUGUUUUUGUAAAAAGCCUUGGAUUCUUUUGUAACUGACUUUGACAGUAUAUUUAAUUUGUCACGGUUUAGUGCUGUUGCUGUUUUUUUCUUUUGUUUUUCCACGUGAACAGUGUACCUUUUGAGCUGUGUAGUAACGCUAGGCGUAGGUGAUUACUCUUCAUGUUGUGGCACAUGACAUUUCCUAGUAAAACAAAGUGGAUUGGUAUUAAAAGUUUUGCAAAUGUGCAAA